AUGGGGAGAAACGACGCCGCUAUCCCUACCAUCGUGGCCGGCGUCGUUGAUGAACCUCACCCAGAGGACCAACAGUGUAGGAGCGGACAAAAUUGUGCGAAUGGACAGAACGAAGAAGCCCCCCUCGGCGGAGCGCGCACAAGGAGAUUAAACAGCUACCACGAGGAGGCCAUAGCGAGUGAAAAUAUUUACAGGAUCAGGAGAAGCGCUUCUUCCGUCAGUGGAACAAGCACAUGGAAGGAGAAGAUCAGGAGGACAUUGCUGUCUGAUCAAAAUGGAGACAACCCCAUCACACAUGAAGAAUUUCCCCUUAACGUUAACAGAAGCCACCAGAUGAGGAGCGAAUCGGUUGGACAGACACACCUAGGUGGGUCCAUGGGAAAUGUAUUCGAGGAAGAGCAAGAAGGAGAACAGGAAGAAGAACAUAAUAAGAGUGAUGAAUUCUUAAAGGGAUCUCUCUCAUUUUGUGAGGACAACAGUGAGCACAAAAGAAAUGAAACUUUCAGCGGCCAUGCGGAAAAUGUGGUGGACCCUUUUGAAGAUCCUAUGGAGUUAAAGAGUCCCAUUAGCUCCACCUCCAGGUGGCAUGAAAACUCCUCCUCCGAGGGCGAGGCCUUCGCUUAUAAUGACAUUGGUUCUUCUGUAAAAAGGGACAAGGGAGACGAGUCGACCUUUGAAGGAAUAUCUCCUGUGGACAAGUGUGGUGAGGAGGAUGCUCAUUUGCGAUGCGACGACCAAGAGCAAAAUGAAAAAAAAAAAAAAAAAAAAAAAUAUUGCCAACUAGGGGAGGAAGACGUCAUUACCGCGACGGAGCAUGUGGACAGGAAAUUUUUUGCGGGGUCCGAUGAUUCCUCUCAUUCGAAGGAGUACCUGCACUCGAAGCAGAGUGAGCAAGUGAACGUCCUAACCACAGAGGCGACAAGGGGAUGGAGCGCAUACGCAGAAAUGUGGAGCGAAAAUUGCGCCGGUUUAAAGCCUCACCAAAUGGACGAACACACCAGCGAACAUGAGGUCCUAAGUGGAGAGAAUGCAAAGCUGGUUAGUGAGAAUGAGGCCCUAAGUGGAGAAAACGCAAGGCUAUCGAGUGAGAAUGAGACCCUAAAUGAAGAGAAUGCAAGGCUGUGGAGUGAGAAUGAAGUCCUGAGUGAGGAAAACGCAAAGCUGAGCAGCGAAAAUGAAGUCCUGAGUGAGGAGAAUGCAAGGCUGUCGAGUGAGAAUGAAGUGCUUACUGGAGAGAAGGCACAGCUGAGCAGCGAAAUGGAAGAACUGAAAAGGGAGGAGGAAAAACACCGCAGGGAGAACGGGCAGCUUCAGGAGGAACUGACGCAACUUCGCGCCGACGUGGAAGAGGCGAGGGAGGCCCGAGAGUUGGAAGUAAAUUUAAAACUGCUCCUGCAGACAGAGCAGGAAGAACUUCAGAAGAAGUGUGAGCGACUCGAAAAGGACAAGGAAGCUCUAACAACAGAAAAAAUGAACAAUGUACUUAGGAUUAAUAAUUUGAAGGAGGAGCUGAACAGGCAAGGUAAAUGCAUGAAGGAGUUAACGCAAGAGCUAAGAGAGAAGGAGGAAGAAAUAGAAGUGCACAAGGGAGAGCUAACCACGAUGGAGAAAACACUGAACGAAAUGAAAGAAAAAAUGGAACAGCUGAACAACCAAAUUAAGAUCCACGUGAAAAAUGAAAAAGAUAAUGAAAGGAGAGUAGAUGUGUUGCAGGAAGAGGUGCAGCAGUGUGCAGGGGAGAGUCACCAAGUCAGUGGAGAAGAGUGUAAAGGUGAUAAGGUCGAUGAUACGGACACAACUCAGAGGGAAGAACACAAAGGUGACAUACCACAAGGAAGCAACGUCGUUGCAUUAGACCCGUUAAAUGAAAAAAUUCAACAGAGUAACGACUUCAUUCAAUUAUUAAAAGGACAAAAGGAGAGUUCACUCCACCAUGGGGACGACAAUAAGGAAGAGAAGAAACUUUUCAUUGAAGACCACCAACUGUUAUGCGAGGAGAUUGAUUCACUGGGGGUCGACGACCUCAAGGAAAGGUGUAAAAGGUUGGCGUGCCACUGUACGCAGUUGCUUAUGCAACUUCAAUUAUGCGCUAAUGGGGGUGUGGGGGUCGCCCCCGCUUUGCAGGGCUGUGCAAGGAGUGCAGAGGUUAUGAACGAGCAGGGUGACUCUGCAAGGGGUGAUGGAACAGACGCAGCUGUUACGGUAACAUGUUCAUGUGAGGGGUCCGUGACAGGGACCGCGAAACAGCUGAUGGUGGGCUCGAAGGAUGAGUGUAAGUCCAUUUAUAAAGAGAUCCUACGGAGGACUUCUGAAAUUGCUAAGCAUGUAAAUGCAGUGAAGACGAAACUUUGUACUUUGAAGAGGAAGAGUUGUGAAGGCUGGGAGGACAGUGAAGACUACUCCGACUGUCUCGUUUUGUUAAACUCCAUUUCUGCGGACAUUUUUUUUAUUAACAGGAAUGUGUCGCUGAUGGGGGAGCAGUCACGUGGCCAGCCAGACGGCCAACCGGAUUGUCAACAGCAUGACCAACCUAGUGACCUCCUUAAUCCGCACCAAGACGAUGCACAAAUUACCGCUUCACCAGAGGAACCGCCCCUCUGUACGCAACUGCCCAGUGAAAAUGUGCAAAAGGGAAGCAGUCACCCACAAAAUGUUGAAUUAAAAAUGGAAGAUGCAAAUCACCUGACUUGUUCAGAAAAUUUUGUCACUUUUUUUGAAAUUUGUUUUUCAAGCGAUUUGUUUUUGAUCCUGUGCCAUGUGUGCAAGGGGGUCCUCGAGAUUUGCACAUGGGCUAGGAAGGGGGAAGAGGAGAACUGCCUUCAGGGGGUACAAAACUUACUUAACUACGUAGCUCAAGUGGAGAAUUUGUGCACUGAUGAUGGAGAUCAGAUAGAGGAGGAGCUGCAUGGGGGUGACACACGAGGCGACCCCGACAGAGGACCCGUCAAUACCCCCUCCUGUGGACCCCCCAAGGAGCUGUUCCACGUGAUGAGAACACACCUGCACAGAUUAGCCGAACUGAUGAAGAAGGACAAGUGGACGAAGCGUACACAUGAAGUCAUGCAUGAAUUGUGCAACCUCAGAAAUGUGUUACGACUUGUUCUAUACACCUUUGUAAAUUUUCAUGGCCUUCACUGGGCAUAUGUUGAGUCGCACGGGGAUGUGCUUCAACGUGAUACCAGCCAGGGGGAAUGUGUGCAGGAGGUUAACUUGGUCCACCUGGCCAACCGGGUCGUGCAGCACAACCACAACGCGCAUCUCGUCCCGUGCCUCAUUGCUCAGUGUGCAGAUGAUGUCAUUUUGGAGGGACUCCUCGGAGAACGCGGCAUGGAGGGAAGCGCCAUGCGUGGCAGCGGCGUGGAUGGGUUUGUCACCCAGAUGAGCAACUACACCACAAACAUCUUCAAAAGAAUAUCUGAACGCAUGAAGUGGAAUGAAUUAAUUAUUAGUGGCGACUCGUUCGUAACCUAUUUCGAUGAGGGUGCCCUCAAGUCCAAGCUGAAAGACAACCCCUUCAUGCACAAAAACAAAAAAAUAAACAUUGACACUGUGUAUGAACAUCUGGGGGUUCUGCUCCGUCCACAUGGUACCACCCAUACAGGCGACAGCCUCUUCGGUGAGUACUUCAAAACUGCACGCUCGUUAUUUGUGCAAAAGUCACUCAGUUGUGGGUUCACUUGUGGAAGAACCCCCUAUAUGAGUAGCGCCUUGGAAAAUACUACCUGUUUCUCCUGUAGUGUACCACCCCACAACCUGUUCAGCCGAGAUAAAGAGGUUCAUAUGAAAAGCGCAUCGUUCAGUGGGGAUGGAGUACACGGCAGGAUGGGUUUGUACUUUAAAGAGGUGUCCCCCUUGAAGGAGUCUUCUUCAAGCAAGCAACACAACCAUUUGAACAGCGAGACGGGUUCAGAGUACCCACUCAUACGUGUAGACAAUGAAUGCGUAAGUUCUCUCUUUCACAUGUGGCAUGCGAUGGAAAAAAAGUUUUUCUUCAAGAUUGGCAGGAGUGGGGGAGGCCCUACCUGUGUAAAGGGGGAACGACCUGCAUGUGUAAACCGGGCAGCAUCCCAACAUGCUGUUCACAACAAAGUGAAACCUGACAAAGGGGAGGACCACCACCCAUCAGCGAUGGAUUCUUACUUGCGCUCCAUGAUAUACGAUAGCUUCCAGUGCACAGAUGAGAACAAACAAAUCGGAGUGAACCAUUUUAUUUUUUUGUUAACGCAGCUGGGCAUACAAGUGCGCGACAGCGAGCUGCACGCUCUGUGGUGCAUCAUGACUGGCAAGAGGGAUGUUAAUAAAGCCAUGAAGGAAACCAUCCCCGUCUCCACAUUUAUAAAGAAGGCCUACUCCACAAAUCCCUCACUCGUUUUUUACGAGCAUUGUAAGGCUAAGGUGAAGUUGAGAGAGGCUCAGCAGAAUUUGAAGCACUUGAGGCGCUAUAACAGGAAGCUGCUGUUGCUCGUGAACAGCACCCAGCAGGACAAGCAACUGCGCGGUGACAUGCGCGGUGAUAUACGCGGCGCGACGUACGCCGUGUGA